CCUCGCCUGCUCCGCCUCGCCCCCCUUGAGCCUUGCGUCGGCCUAUCAGCAUACCAUCCGCCCCUCGACGUCAUCUUCAUACCUCUUCUGGCCUAAUAAAGCAUGGCUCCUGCGGGUCCGGUGUCCGUCGCAGGUGUCAGCGCAGCCAAUAUUCUCGAAGGCGGUCGUAAACGGAGUCGACUGGAACAGGUCGGAGAAUCCAAGGCAUCGUCCUCCUCACCACACCCCUCCGGGCCUACGAGUACCACAACCGACCCGGAAGAAGUGACCAAGCUCGGCUACAAGCUGCUCAACGUAGUCUACCAUGCACGCGACAUCGCAGAGGAGCAUGACCCUACAAGUCUACUCGUAGAGCCCUUCCUCGCUUUGCCCGAUGCUGCCAUCUACCCAGACUACUAUCAGAUCAUCAAGCGGCCACUCACCUUCGAAGACAUUCGCGCCAAGCUCGCCGUCCGGGAGUACGCAUCCUUCGAAGACGUCAAGCAUGAUUGUGAGAUCAUCUGUAUGAACGCAAAGAGGUACAACCUUAGAGAUACACCCUUCUGGCUCAAGGCCAAGGCACUCCACAGCAUCAUCAAGGAUUCCCAUGCUGAGCUCACGUUUGCAGCGGCUGGGACCAAGAGUACACAGCUUGAUCUGCCUGCUAGCGUUCAGCUACUCUUCGAUGUUCAAGUGGAAGGCGUAGAGCCCAUGACCUCUGCACCGCCGUCGCCGGCGAAGAAGAGAAAGCAGGAGGCAGACGCAAGUGAGACUGCUGGUGAAGAGGACACCAGUAUGGAGGAUGUAGCUUCUUCAUCCGGCACGAAGCAGCCGUCGGGUCUGCGUCGGAUCACCAUCAAGAAAAAGUCGGGCAGUCAAGCCGAGACGUCAGCUCCUCCACGACCGCCCGCUGUAGAGGCCCUAACUGCUAAAGAUGCAGUGGCGUCCUCACCUGGGGUUUCCACCGGCUUAUCGAGUGCACCUUCCCCCAUCCCUUCGUCUCCGGCGCCAGCGCCCGCUCAGGCCCCAGCCCGGGCUCCAGUGUCUGCUGAAGAGAAAACACCACCAGCUGCAGUAUUGCCUCAAGAGGCCCCGUCUUCCUCCCAACUCUCACAGAGCUACCCGCCCGAGUCCUCACCAGGACCUUCCGUGGUCAGGAACAACGGCGCAGACAAGAGAAGGAGGCCUUUUGGCCGCGGCAAGAAUCUCAAGAGCCAGAUGAAACAAUGGGUCGCUGAGCUCAUUGACCUCAAGCGACCCGGCGGCGGUCCCGAUGACUAUGCAUCGGACUUCUUCGAAGAGCUGCCGAGUCAAGACGACUACCCGGACUACUACCAAGUCAUUCAGCAGCCAAUCUCGCUGAAGGAGAUCAACGAGAACGUCAGCGAAAGACUGUACAAGUCGCCUUAUGCCUUCUUCACAGCAGUGCAAACGAUGAUCGCCAACGCAAAAUAUUACAACGAAGAGAAUAGCAUCAUCUGGCAGGAUGCGGAUGCGAUCGAACGGCACGUCAACACCAAAAUGCUGCCAAUCGCAUUUGAGCUUGGCUUCACUCUGGACCCAAAUGACACCAGGAGCAGCGUCCUUCCCUUGCACGUGAUCGAAGCGCACGAAGCGAGCCAGCCUGGUAGCCCUGCCCAAAGUAUGACGCCACCACCAGGUCAAGCCAGCUCCUCUCGCCUGAAGGUAAAGCUAGGCGGAAGGAACAGCUUGCCAGGUCAGGACUACCUGCCGAAUGGCAUUGGACAACAGCAGCCAGCUACACUGGGCAGCUUCGCGAGCCCUGGUCACAUACCCGGAGCCGGGCCAGGUCAGUCUCCAGAGCUACAAAGUCAUCCUAACGGCCAGAUGUCUCCGGAAGCGGCAGCCCCACAGUUCUCUGCCAGCGGUCGACCUGUAAGAUCAGCUGCCUCGCGAGCUCCCUCCUCGAGAGACCUGCCUCCACCUUUGACCACUCAAAACAGCACCCCUGGACCUGCUCGCUCACCUCCUGCGCCCGGAGGUACCAAUACCCCGCAGGCCCAAGUGCCACAAUUCAGGCCAGGCUACACUCCUCAUCAGGGCGUGACUCCUAGUCAUUCGAUGCCCCAGCAGCAACAGCGACCUCAGCCUCAGUCACAGGGAAGCUACCGUGGGCAACCGCCUUACUAUACUCCUCCACAGCGCUAUCCCCAGCAGCAGCAGCAGCAGUACUUCGGUCAACUGCCAUACGCUGCUCCGGCCCCGCCUGCAGAGACUGUCGAUCUAGGCAAGAGAGGCCAAAUCCGACGUCUUUCCGGUAUUCCACCUCCCUCUGUCUUUGGCAACAUCGCAUCUAAGCCAUUGAUGGAGCAGGACGGAGCCGCCGCACCCCUGCGCCCGGCUGCGAUCCCAAGCUUCGUCGUGCUAUCUCAGGGCCUCAAGAAGGUCAUUAAUGUGGUCCCUGCUGCUUCUACGAGCGCUGCUGGCAGCAGCCGCCAAUUCGUCCUGCCUGUGGGCGAGGGGAGGAGCGAUGUCAAGGUGUUGUUCAGGUUGCGGGACUUUGGAGGCGCGCCACAGAAGCAGAAUACCGUUGGCAGUGAGCGCUCCGAGCGGACUGAAGCCAAUGGAGAGGCCAUGGACGUCGAUGGUGAGGAAGUCAGCGGACAAGCCAAUGGGGCCACCCAGCCAGGCGUCAAUGGGCACGCCUCGCAUUCCGAAGCGCAGCAGACGACCUCCACGAAGUCCUACAAUCCGGCAGUAUCCACCAUCCUGAAUGGGCGCAAAGUCAAUGCAACUUGGACAAGAGACACGGCGACUGUCCUGGUGCCACUGCAGAGGGGGCCCAAUCUCCUAGAGAUCUUCCUUGUGCCUGGUCCACCGCUGGGCGGGGCUGAGGGAGGCGACGCGGCUGGGGUCAAUUCGCCGUGCGAAGGAUAUCGUCUGUGGAUAGUCAGGUAGCGGGGAGCAAAGCAGAUGUGUAUCGUUUGCAGAAAUAAUGUACUUGUGAUCACGCAUGUAUGUGCCCUUGUCAAUACCACGUAUGCUUCUGAAG